CUGGAGUCAAUCAAAAUCCAUCUCUCAUGAAUCCCGACUGGAUGAUCUCUCGAAUUCUCGAACAUGAUACAUCGCAUUGUUCACCCAUGGCUUGUAACUACCCGCCGUAGUUUGUACACGCACUGGUCCACCACAUCCCAUCCCAUCCCACUUCUCUCCAUAGUGUAGUGCGGCACGAUGAGCACAGCUACGGAAACCGGAGAAGCAGGCAACCAUUCCGGCUGCAACAGCAGCUGCGACAAGGAUCCAACCUAUUCCGUGCCCAUCUGCUCGCCGGCUUCGUCGCCGUCGACACCAGCGAGUGCAAGGGUCCCGAGCCUGGCGUUUGGUCUGUACAAGAUACCCGACAGCGACGAGGGGGUCGGGAUCAUGGCGGACGCCAUCCUCGAGGCCGGGUACCGGCACCUGGACUCGGCCAGCAUCUACGGAAACGAGCGGUCCCUCGGGAGGGCGCUGGCGCUCGCACUCGCCACGACAGCGGCACCUUCGAACGGAAGCAAGCGCAUCGAGCGGUCCCGGCUCUUCGUGGCGAGCAAGGUGUGGAACGAUGCCCAGCGCGGCGGAAGGGACGCGGUGCGAAAGAGCGUUUUGCAGAGCCUCCGCGACCUGGGACUGGACUACCUGGACCUCUGCUACGUCCACUGGCCGGUCCCCGGGCACUUUGUGGAGACCUACCGGGAACUCAUGGACCUGCGGCGGGAGGGGAAGAUCCUGCACCUGGGAAUCAGCAACUUUCGGAUCGAGGACUACGAGGAGCUGGAGGCGGCGAUCCUUCCCCCGGAGGAGUUCGUCCCUCCCCUGGUCCACCAGCUCGAGGUCUCGCCGUUUCUCUACCGGCCGGAGACCCUCCGGUACUUUAAGGAGAAGGGAGUCCUGCUCGCCGCGAGCAAGGCGCUGCACCGCGCGGCGACCCUGGACGACCCGGUCGUCGAAGCCGUAGCGGAAUCGCACAGCCACCACCGCGGCGGAGCAGGCGUGACGCCCCCGCAGGUGCUCCUCCGGUGGGGCCUCCAGAAGGGACUCGUCGUCCUGGCGAAGACCUCCCGGCUCUCCCGCAUGGUCGAAAACCGCGACCUCCUCGACUUCGAGCUCUCUCUCGCCGAGGUGGAAAGGCUGGACGCCCUGACGACCCCCGGGGCGAUCGAGACACGGGAGGCCCUGGAGGCACAGAGGCGGGAAGGAUAAGUGUGCAAGUUGUGCAGGGUGCAACAGUAACUACUAGUCCUUUGUUUGGCAAGAUAAGAAAGCUUUUCCCCCGAUGAGCAGUUUGGACUCUGAAGCACGACUAUCUACAAAUGUACAAUC